AUGUCUGACGAAGAUUCUGCUGUAAAGAAAUCUGGUUCUCUCAUCACUUCAGGUUCAAACACACGAACUGAGAUGACACGUCGAAGGAUUGAUCCGUAUGAUCUAUCUUCCGGUGAUAAUCCAGGGUCGGUGAUCUCGCAACCCCAGUUGCGUGGACCUAACUAUGAUGAAUGGGCGAUGAAUCUUCGACUUGCGUUGAGAGCUAGGAAGAAAUUCGGUUUUGCGGACGGUACUAUCCCGAAACCUGAUGAAGGUUCUGAUGAUCUUGAGGAUUGGUGGGCUAAUAACGCCAUGGUGGUGUCUUGGAUUCGGCUUAUUGUCGCUCCAGAUUUGAGUAGCUCACUUUCUCAUCAUGAAGUUGCUUGUGACUUGUGGACGCACAUACAAAAGCGUUUCUCAGUCAAGAAUGGCCAACAUGUCCAACGACUUAAGACGGAGCUGGCAAAUUGUCAGCGAAAAGGAUUUGCUGUAGAGGCUUACUAUGGGAAACUUACAAAGUUAUGGACUAGUCUGGCUGAUUUUCAACGCGCAAAGACGGUGGAAGAGAUUGCACGUGAACGAGAAGAAGACAAACUACACCAGUUUUUAAUGGGGCUUGAUGAAGCGGUAUUUGGGGCAGUCAAGUCCUCUCUAUUGGCACGUGACCCUCUCCCUUCUCUUGAUGAAGCUUACCAAGUUGUUACUCAAGACGAAGAGUCCAAGCGGGCGAGUCGUCUACUGGAGGAACAUAACGAAGGUGUUAGUUUUGCUGUUCAAGCUUCUUCUCGGUCUAAACCAUCACCACAGUUGCGAGAUCCGUCUGCUAUAUGCACUGUUUGUGGUCGAACAGGUCACUUAGCUGCAAACUGUUUUCGUAAACUUGGUUAUCCAUAUUGGUGGGGUGAUCGACCACGUUCUAAGCUUCUGAACACUCCGAUGGGUCCACAAGUGAUCGUCGCUAACCGUCUGCUCCGUCUUCUCAACCGAAUCAUGGUGUGA